CAAGUUUCAAUACCUUGUAAACAACAUAUGGAAUCAUUACGAAUGCAUCCUGAUUUUAGGGAAAAUUUGACACCGAUACUUAAAGAAAAUUUCAAUUCUUGGUUUACAUCAUUACCAAGGUACAUUAUCGGACUAGAUGAAAAUGCAAAAUAUAAUGCAUUAUCAUUAAUAGCAGGUUUUGUUUCUCUGUUGGGACCAGAAGUACAGACUGUACUUAAUAUGUCAUUACAAAGAGUUUCAGAUGGAUUGCUUGGUUCUUUGGAAUUUGAUACCGAAGGUGCACAAAUAAUGGAAAAUAGGCUAUUAGUUGGACAUUAUGACGUGUUAUCCGUGUCGCCAAAUGAUUCACAUGAAUCAGAUCGUACAAUAUUGUCAUUUCCGCGUUUACAUUUUAAAUAUAUACGUGAGCAACGUGUAGCAUCCUCUAUAUCAAUUAUAAUUCGGUUAUUCGGGUAUUUUGGAAAUGUUACGUUCUUGAUCGAACAUUUUCUUACUUAUGUCAGAGACCCGGGUUCUAGACGAUUUCACGCACAAUGUUUGUUUGCGAUUAAUGAGAUUUUGUUGGGUGCCGCUAGUAUAGAUAUGGGACCAAACUCACGUUUAAAAUAUUUGACCGCUACUGAUCCAACAAAUACGUCACAAAAUGCUAAACGAAUAUCAAAAUUCGUGUUACAUGAAUAUAUCGAAUCAGAUAUACCAGCAAAUGAUCCUGAUUCUACAGCUUUAGUGAAAUUGGAUAAACACAAAGCUAAUGAAAGAACAAAUAUGUCGUCAUCAACAAGCUCAAUCAUUGAAUCUCAGAACUACCAUAUUCUAAUAAAUU